AUGGGUUUCAAAGAACGAUUUCCUCGAUGGAUUACUUUAGUAUUAGCUAUACUUCAAUUAAUUUUAACUGCAGCAAUAGCUGGUUUAGAAUUUGGUUCUUUUUAUUAUGAUGUUGCACAUGGAACUAUUUGGGCUGGUUUUUGGUCUUCUCUUGUAUUUAUUUUAACAUUUGUAAUGAUGUUCAUUAUAACUUGUUGUUGUCGUGGACGAUGUUGUGCUACUUAUCUCUUUAUAUUAAAUGUAAUGAGUGGUGCAUUAGCAUGUGUUAUCAUUUAUUUCGAUGUAUAUUUUCAAGAUAAUAUAUGUAAAUGUUACCUAGGUGAUAAUUUAUGUUGUGCUUUACGUGAUAUAAAAAGUUUUAAUUCUGCAUAUGGUGAUAUUGCAAAAAAUUGUACACCUAUUUAUUUUAAUGGAGUACAAACAAUAGUUGAUCCAUGUUAUACAUCUCCUCCAACAGCUAAAUAUAUAUUUCUUAAAGCACAAAUAGGUUGUUCAGUUGGUAUGCUAGUAACUUGUGGACUCUAUGUUCUUUCUUAUUUAUUUGCUUGUUGUAUGAUUUGUUUUGGGCAUGAUUGA